AACAACAGGAACUAGUGCCUAACAGUUUGGGCUUCCCUUCGUCUCGUCGAAACCUGCACAAGAUUACCCGCUCUAGUGCGUCUUUCUGGAACAUCUGGGAAUGUCAUUGGCGCCUCGCAGCAGCCUUUCUUCUGCUCUUCUCUUUCCACCACUCACUCAUUCCACUACCUGCGUAUUCUUUGCUUUGCCGACUGCACCUGUAUAAUCCUCUUCUCGCCCCCACGUUCACUCACGCGACCCCGGUCUCUGAGACUACUGUUGGUUUACUUCGAUUCUCUUCGCUUUGCAUUGCUUUUUCGCCAACAGACUCCCCGUGUUCCGCGAAUCCUUCGCGUCGAUCUCCAGGUUGCCGUUCCCUUUCCCACCGAUCACAGAGUCAAUUCCACCCUGCCGCAGGUUUCAGUCUAGUCUACCUGUGUUUGCUUGCAUACACACCUUGCCCACACCACAACACCGUCUCUCGCCAGUGGACCGUGAGGCUGGACCUAGCCGUCUCGAUGCACAAUGGAGUACGGUGAUGAAGGCGCCAAGCCGAACAUGAUGGCUUCGGACAUGAGCGCCGACACGAAUGCCGCCGGAAGCGCGAGGAGCGAUUCCCUCGGCGCUCUUGAUCCCAUCACGCAGCAGAAUCAAAACGGCCCAAAGCCGCCCAUCAAGCGCAGAGCUCCCAUCGCCUGUAAAAGGUGUCGCCGCAUGAGAAGCAAAUGCAUGCACGAGAAGGGACAACCGCCAUGUAAAUCUUGCGCGGAAGCCGGCAUCCCAGCCAGUGAAUGCGUCUUCCCUCAGCGCGGCCAACCGGAUCUGGAUCGUGAGUAUCGACACCCUCGCAUGAGGGCCGAAAAAACCGCCAAGCGGGACGCCGAGAAGGCAAAGCGGAGCGCGUCCGUCGCGUCCGUCCCGCAGGGGCUGUCUACGCCAGCGCUCCGGAAGCCUGCAGACGAAUGGGAAUAUCUCCCGCCGCUUCCCGACAUCAUUGACGCUGUCCACAUUUUCACGCGCAAGUACUUUCAGCUUGGCUUCAUCCCGAAGGAGCUGUUCCCACAGCAGCUGCAGCGAGACCACCGCUCCGUCAGCGUCUUCCUCCUGCUCGGCAUCCUCAGUGUUUCGGCCCGGUUCUCGCCCGCAUUGGCCCAGAGAUACCAAGGGGAAAUGAAGGCCGUCGACUACUUCAUGGAGCGGGCCAGUAACCUGGCGCUGAACGAGCUAUAUCAGGAGCCCACUCUAGAGCGUUGUCAAGCUUUCUAUCUAUUGAGUCUUGCUCAGCAAGGGAGCGGAUGGAGGAACAGAAGCUAUAUAAACAUUGGCAUUGCUACCAGGAUGGCCGUGCUGAUGCACCUUCACCGGGAAGAGUUCUACAAGAUGAAGAACCCUACCAGAGAGAUGAUCAUCAGAGCGGAAUCUGCCCGGAGAACUUUGUGGAUGUUACACAGCCAAGACAACCUUCAUUGCGGUGCUCUUUCGCCCGUUUCUCUGGCCGCAAAUGAUAUAACGGCAUUGCUCCCUAGUAACGAGGAGGAUUUCGCCUACGGCCGCGAGCCACUCUCCCGUGCGGCCCUCGAAGAUACUCCACCCGCACGCGAGAACCCUUCCCUCAUCCACCAACCGUCCCGGUCUCUGUUUGCGAGCCUGAUGCAGGCACAUUACUACUGGGGCAAGGUCGCGCGCAGGGCCAUGGCAACCAUGAAGAGCGCCAAGCCCUGGGAUCCAACCAGCGAGUACGCCAUCAUGGCCAAACAACUUUGGAACUGGGAACAGCAGCUCCCACAAGAUCACCGAUGGAGCAUGGUCCUGCUCAAAGGGCACAAGUCGGUCGGCGAAGACUUGGCUUAUCUUGGAGUUACCAUGAUCACGAAGCUCUGCAACAUCGUGUUGAGAAGGGCGUAUCUUGAUAAUAUUAUCAAGACGGAUGAAAAGGAUCCCCAGCGCCGAGCCUUCUUCGCCCAGAUGUCGGACGACCUUUUUCGCAACGUGCGGGAGCUGUAUGAGCAGGUUGACGCUCAGUUCAGUGUCCGGUCUUCAGAAGAGGGCGUCGGAGCUCAGAUGGCAUCGUUCUGUGUCUACAGCUGCGGCCUCUUCUCGACCUAUUUGGCCAAAUACCGGAACAUCUGCUCGGACAAGUCCAUUGUCGCCCAAGCACCGAACAUGCUGCAACGCUGCAUGUCUAUACUCAUUGAGUCCAAACAGACGUGGCCCUUGGCCUCUCGCUGGCUUGAAUCGUUAGAGCGGUUCUCGCGUGAUCCCAAAGCAGCUGCCUUCAGUCUCGAAGGCAGCAUGGCUGACGGCAACGAUCGUACCCUCCGCCCACUGCAUCCGUCGCCUUCGAACUUCACCACAAAGGGACCACGCGCAGAGGCGCCCAAGUAUCAGCUUCCUGGCCCGCCCACAACGCCCUUGGACGAGAAAAAGCCGCCGCCGCCAUCACUACGAAACAACAGCACCAGCAGUAGCGCGUCCAUUAUUCUUCCUCCUCCGAGCCCGUCCCCGAGUUUACAGCAGCAGCAGAUGCAUCAGCAGAACAACACUGUCCUGUUCCCGCUUCCGCUUCCGCUUCCGCCUUUGGCCACCACCCACCAGCAACAGCAGCAACAGCAACUUCAUCAGCCACAUCAUCAACAGCCACAGCAUUCGCAACACCACUACCAACAGUCACCACAACACCAAAUCCUCUCUACUCACCACCACCAACAACAACAAGAACAGCAGCACCAUCAUCACCACCACCACCAACAGCAGCACCACUCGCAACAACCAAUCCUCCAGCCCCAUAUGCAGCAGAUUCCCCCCGAGCUGCAACCGCACUUCUCCUCACCCAUAUAUUCCCAGGCUCCCCCGCCAUACAGCCCGAACAACGGCAUGGGAAUACUUGUACAGGCCGCCACCUUCGAUACGGCGAGCCCGAUCCUGGGCGGCCCGCCAUCGACAAACCCGUACGACCCGACAGCCGCGGCUGCCGUGGCCGCAUUCUACAACUCGCCGGGCUCCGCGUCCAUCGUUCUCGGUCCCGGCACUGACGGCUUCGAGUGCGAGCUGCAGAGCUGGUUCGACGGCGAGGCGCCCGUCCAGGCGACGAGCUGGAUCGGAAACGGCGCCGCAGGUCUCGGCUGGUUUGGGUCUACAUAAUUUUAUGAUGCAACCAUUCGUUUUACUCGUUUGUAACAAGAGCAUCCAUCCGUCGGUCUAUGGCCAGCCGCCAAGACAGACCAUGAGAAAGACGCGGUCCCUUUCUCCAUGACAUGUAAUCUUGGCGGACGGCGCGGAAGGACAAGGCCGCGCCUCCUCCACACUCCCCUCGCCGGACAGAGACAGGCUGGCGGUCAGUACCUGAGCUUCCAUGGCAGGUCAGGAGAAGGAGGGUGCAUUCGAGUUCGGGACCCCCUGAGGGUUCCUUUGUUUGCCCUGUACAUCACCCGCCAUGAGUGUUUUUUUUUUGCCCC